GACUUUGGAGCCAUCUAGGAAGUAGUAACAGGAGCUUGCACGAUUAACCCUGUGAUUGCCGUAGGAGCACGCAGUGCGGUGUGGAAUUCGGCCAAUGAUCUCCGUCCAUGAAGAAUGUAAACCAAGUUUUCUUUGAAGAGGACCUACAGCGUCAGUUAAAAAUCAAUUAAACAGAAUGUCUGGUCUUCAUCUACGAAAAAUUAUUUGUCAGGCAGCAACUAAUAGAAGCUGCCAUUUUGGAAAGCACCUUGGGCUUCCUUCUCAGUGGUUUAAAGUGACCAACUUUCUGCCCUUAAAUUCUGUGACUUGGACCAGAAAUGGAGCCCCCUCUAUCCAUGCCAAACCAUAUUCCUCUGUGGAGCAAAGUGAGGACAAAGAGCUAAAGGGAAGUUCAAAAAAGAAGGAAAACCCAAAUGCUGCCAAGUUCUUUGGAAGUGUAGGUCGGAAAAUUCACCAUCGCUUCAUACAUGUCUUCGAUGAUCAUGGCGAGGACUUGGGCAACAUGCACAGAGCAGAUGUUAUACGUAUCAUGGAUGAACGAGGUCUUAAAUUGGUUCCUGUUAAUGAAAAUGCAGAUCCCCCAAUAUAUAGAUUGCUAACGGGAAAACAGAUCCACGAAGAACAGCUCAAGCUUCGAGAAAAACAAAAACUCUCCUCCAAUCAUGGUCCAGUACAGAUUAAAGAAUUGUCCUUCUCUGCCACAAUUGCAAAGCAUGACCUAGACGUAAAGCUCAAGCAGAUUUCGCACUGGAUUGAAAAGAAACAUCAUGUUCGAAUUACUGUCCAAAAAGGGGGCGUUGGAGGGGAAAAUGUCAAGCUGGAUUUGUUAAAUCAAAUAGUUGAAUCGAUGGCACAACAUGCAACGUGUAUGUUUAAACCGAAACUGGUCAAAGAUGGCAGAGCAGCAGUUUGUGUCCUACGUCCGUGGUCUGAGAAGGAACUGCGUGAACGUGCUAAAAAAGAGCAAGAACAGCAACAAACCACAGACACCUCCAACACUGCGCAAACAAACCAGGAAAUCUCUUAACUUCUGUUCACUCAUCUGCAGCAGGAACAAACAUUUUGUCAACACGAACAUGCCUAUCCAUAAAUAUUAUUAUAUUUUUCACAUGCGGGCACAAGGAUGUUUUUAAAGCAGACCCAUCUUUUUGAGGCAAACGUUUUGAGGCAAACUUAAGAUUUUUCUGUUGUUGUUUUCAGGAUUAUGUAUGUAAUGUUUGAAAUUCAAAGUAAAUGUUAAAUUUCAGGCAAAAAAAAUGGAAAACAUUUCUAUUCAGCAAUAAUCUCUUUUUACACCUAAAAUUUGAAAUUCACUUCUGAAAACAUUUAAAAAGAACCAGUUGGUGAAUAAAACAAUAGAUACCUGCUAAAACAAAAUCUACGAGUUACAAAAUCCUUGGCAAGUGGAUUGACAAGGUUUUGACGUUGUGGAUUCAUAGUCGGAAAGGAAUCGGUACCGGUUCCUGUGAUGUUCAAUCGCACAUUGUAAACUUCACGCGUUAAUGUUCUGUAAGUUCAACCCACCUGAUCAUGUUCCCAGACAAUGAUUGUCCUUGAAAUGUUUGUUAUACGGUUUGUUACAAGGUGCACUCUUUCUGUGUUUAUAUCAUUACAGCGGCCCACACAGCUAACAACUGGACUUGUUUAAUCCAAUUAAACAAGAUCAAGAUAAUGAAAAAUGACUAGAUGUGUUCUACUGAAAAUAGCUAUAAGAUUCCUGCUGUAAUAAACCCUCUUUCUGUUUGGGACCGCUAUAUUUGAUACAAUGUCUAUGAAUUAUUGGUGUUGCCAAGUUUGUCUUGUUAUACUGUAUUAAUAACCUUGGACAUAUUAUACAAAUUAUUCUAUGUUGUUAGAGACUCUGCAUUUGUUAGUGUCAUGUAAUAAACAAAGCUGUUCUCCUGGCACUAGAGGGUUAUUAGGUUCCACCCCCCGCCCCCUCC